CGAACCAGGAUGCGGAUCGUAACCAUGCUCGCCCUCUGCACUGUCCUGUGCUGCGCUCUUGACCAGAAGCAAGAAGAGUGCUUGAACCUGCAUAUCACUCCACCUAUGAUCAAAGACAUUAUGGAGACUUCCGAACUCAUCCAGAAAUAUCUACCUAGGGACAAUGCACCCUACCACCAAAUAUUAGGAAAACUUAAAAAGUGCUCAAAGAAACUGAAUGCUCCUGACUUCAAACGCAUCCUGGAAAUCUAUGACGAACAUGUAUUCCAAAAUUUGUGGAAGAACAACACUCAUCAGCUGCCAAAACUGUUUAUGGAUUCUUUCGCAAGGCUGAAGGACAUGAUGGAGAUCUGUGAGACUAAAGGCAAACAAACGCUUUCACAAUGUGCAAGAGAGAAUCUUAAAACAAUCGAGGACAAACUUAAGAUGCUGCAGCCAAAUGGUCUCUACAAAGCACAGAGUGAGUUUCGCAGUGUUUUGGUCUGGAUCAGUAACGCCAUGGAUAAGAGCAGGACACAUGAGAUCCAUUAA